CCCCUUUUGUAUUCGAGUUACAAGCUCGCGCGAAAAAAAAGUAGUCUCGAAUAUCAUCAGCCUCGAGUAAUCCCGAAACAUCGCGCGCAUGCGAGGAAGAUUCGCAAUUUGCACUUUACAUCUUAUUGUUCGGAGAAAAGCGCGAAAUUGUUGAAAACCAGAUCUUCUUCUCGGAAGCACUUGUAAAGAUGCUUCUCACCGUGUUUCUAUUAUGCCUGGCCGGAACGCCAUUUGUACAAUGCGAGCAGCUUCACGAUCACAUGACGCCAAAAGAAGUGAUGGCAAUUUUUCACACCCCACAUCAUCUUGUACCCGAGUACGAAGUAGUGCCCGUGCAACAUCGUUUUACGAAACAAGAAGAUUCUGACGACGAGGCAUCCGAAUUGAAGCUAAAAGCGUUCAACGAAGACAUCAAAUUGUACUUGAAUCCUACGGAAGGAAUUCUCGCUACCAAAAACACACCUGUGUGGUUUGCCAAGUCUAAGCCGGAAGCACCUGAGGGAUUACAGUAUAGGCAAAUACCUCAGGCUUUGAAUUCUAUAGGAGUAAUGCUGCAAGAUGUAAACAGUUCGAGCUCGCUUCUGCUAACUCCCAACUCCGAUGGUGGAGUACGUUUGAACGGGAUACUCAAAAAUUCAUUUGUCAUAAAAUCUAUACCCGGACGAGUUUUGAAAAAAAUUGUCCAGGAAAAAACGAAUCUUCUCAAGUCGGUUGCAAACGAAACGAAUGACGACGAUGACAAUUUCUCUUACACGGAUCAUCAUAUAGUUUACAAAGUUCCUCCGUCCGAAUACAGUGAUUUCAAAAUAACAAAUCCCGAAAACCACAGAGCAAAACGUGAUGCGCCGCAAAUUAUUUAUCCAGAAGUAUUGGUGGUAAUCGAUCAUGGGGAAUUUGAAAAACUCGGCGAAGAUCUCGAUCACGCUCUAACGUAUUUGCUCUCAUUUUGGAACGCGGUCGAUCUCAGAUAUCGUUUGCUAACGACGCCCAAAAUACGAUUCAAUAUCGCAGGAAUAAUUAUAGCCGCAGAUAAAGACGCGACUCCUUACUUGCAAAAUAGUCUCUUUAAAGAUACGUCCGUGGAUGCGGAUCUCGCUCUGCGCGGUAUGGCGGAUUACUUCUAUCGCGAAACCAGAUUCCCGACAGAUUUUUACGAUUUCGCAAUUGCUAUGACGAGUCUUGACCUGUGCAACAUGCUUACCGACGAUUAUUGCGACACUUCCACUCUAGGUUACGCGUAUGUGGCCGGCGCAUGCGAUAGAAACGCAACAAAGCAAUCGUCCGAGGCGGUGGGACUUGUCGAGGAUAACGGCGGAUACGCCGGUAUUAUCCCGACGGCUCAUGAAGUCGGUCAUUUGAUAGGAGCGCGUCACGAUGGCAAUCCGAAAGCCGGAGACUGCUCUGCUUUUGACGGUUUUAUCAUGACCAACGGACUUAUGCUAUCGGAUAACGGAUUCGAGUGGUCCUCGUGCAGCAUAAACGCGUUUUACAAGUUCAUCAACGAAGACAGAGCAAAGUGUCUUUACAACGAGCCUAUAUCCGGUAUACAAGUGGAGCGUGUUUUGCCCGGAAAAUUGAUGUCGUUGGAUGAACAGUGUUAUCAGGUUUUAGGAACAAAAGCGUGUAAUGCUAACGAUUCUACCGUCUGCACUCGGUUGGAAUGCGAAUAUCCCGAAUUCCAAGAUUUUUGCAGAGCAACAGCGCCAGCGGCGGAAGGGUCUCCCUGUGGCGACGGAUUGUAUUGUUUAAAUGGCAAAUGCGUCGUGGAAGGAAUACUCACGAAGGAGCAGAAGAAGAAGAUCUCGAUCAAGGAGUUCAUCCCGAAAUUCACACACCAAGUGAUAAAGAAGAUUCCGUGGCUGGACAAACUGUUGCACAGGGUGAAGGACAGAGUGAAGGAACGUGUGUGGGACAGAAUGCCAGAGAGACUGAGGGACAGAUUAAGGAAGAGAAUGGAGAAGAUUCUUUCAUAGAACUAACUAUGAAUAUUGAGGACACCACGUAUGCUGACAUACUUCCUGCAGUGUAUAUCUCUAUAUCCGCAAUGAAACACUAUAUAAAUAUGCGAAAAAAAAACUGUAAUUAUAAACAAACCUAUACCGCUCUUUUAAAAAUUUAUUACAUCUCAAAUAUUGGUCCUUUGUGUGUAAAUACACUCCAAAUACAUUGAAGAAAAACUGUGCAAAUGUACGUUCACACGGUAUUGACAAUUUUCCUACAUACAAAUGAUUCGGAAACUACUGUUGCUUCAAUCGCAUAUAUUAGUACACAAAGUUAGUUUUUUUUUUGUUUGGACAUUUUGACUGUAUUGUCUUUUAUAUGAAAUUGUAAAAAACGAUUGUUGUAAUUUAACAUAAAUUACAUAACUUAUGGACACAGAGUUAUCCAUAAGUUAUCCAUAUUUGCAAAACUAAAAAACAUGUAAAACAAAAUAUAAAACAUUUGAUUA